CAACAACCCUUUUAAGGACGGCUCUCUUUCAGUAAAAAUGAACUUCGGGGUUAAACUGGCUUAAAAAAAAAUACGACUUUUCAAGCCCAGACGAGGCUCAUUGGCUUGUGGUGUGUGGAGCCACUCCCCUCCUGUACCCUCCCUCCAUGCUGAGGUGAUGCAGCAGUCGGCGGUCAGAGGGUGAAGCAGGGCAGCCUGGCGAACAGCCUGGUGGACUAGCAGAGGCGUCUCUGAAGAGGACGACUGUGAAGGAGGACGGGACGGAGUUCAAGCGUGGGAAGGCAGGACAGAAACCGUCUGGCUGGGGAUAUCUCGGCGUACAUGAGGACCGAUAAUCACGUCUUGGGUACACUAGAGACUCAACAUGCACCGAAUAACGGGGAAAGCGGGAGGGGACAGUUUGAUUGAGAUGAGCCCGACAGACUCUUUCAAUGACGAUAUCAAUGGCUACAACCAACACCCCUCGUCCAGCACAGGAUCUUUCCAGCAGGGACAGUCAGAGUCUCCUUUAAGGCCUGAUGUGUGUGUCGAGACCUGUGAGUCUCUCAACACCAGCCUGGCCUCCUUGGCCGCCUCUGACCACAGCGACAGUCCAAAGUUUGAGGAUCAGACCUUUGAGCGAAUUAAUGCUUUAACUGGGCUGGCGAGAAAGAGGGCACUUUUCCUGAAGUUUCGUUCCAGGAUUGACAAACAACAACACAGUAAAGACUCUGUGUUCUUCCGUGAUGGAUUGCGCAGGAUUGACUUUGUCCUGUCCUAUGUUGACGAUAAAGAUGGUGAAAGAAAACAGGAGAGGAGGAAGGUGUACGAAGCCAAUCUAGUGAAUGUCGGCCUGGAGCUGGAGACAGAAGAUAAAUCGGAGUCAGAGGAUGGAAAGACUUAUUUUGUGAAGAUCCACGCUCCAUGGGAAGUGUUGGCCACCUACGCAGAUGUGCUGAAGAUCAAGGUGCCAUUCAAGGCCAACGACAUCCCAGAGAACAGUGAGAUGCCCAUGAACUGGCUGUCCACCCCCUUUCGUCUGCCGGAGCACAUCAUGCACCCUGAGCCAGACUAUUUCACAGCUUCCUUCGACAAGAGCAAGUCUGACUUCUUCCUGAUCGACGACAAGGACACAUUUUUCCCGCCUUCUACUCGCAACAGGAUAGUCUACUACAUCCUGUCUCGCUGCUCGUACAACAGGGAUGAAUGUGGAGAUAAAGACAAAAAAGGGAUCAAGAGGUUACUCAACAAUGGCACCUACACUGCUGCCUUCCCCCUGCACGAUUGUAGAUACUGGACAAGAUCAAGGGAUGCAAACUGCGAAAGUGAGAGAUACAGUCUCUACAAACACUGGGCCAGAUUCUUCUGUUUCUUCAAGGAGCAGCCCCUCAAUCUUAUAAGGAAGUAUUAUGGAGAGAAGAUAGGUAUUUAUUUUGCCUGGCUGGGCUUCUACACUGAGAUGCUGUUGUUUGCUGCAAUAGUUGGAACAAUUUGUUUUAUCUACGGAUUCCUCACCUACGAUGACAAUGAGUGGAGUAAAGAAAUAUGUAGUCCGGAUAUUGGAGGCAAUAUCGUCAUGUGCCCACUGUGUGACAAGAAAUGUGGCUACUGGAAACUCAACUCAACGUGCAACUCCUCAUGGCAAUCACACCUGUUUGACAACGUGGCAACAGUGUUUUUUGCCAUAUUUAUGGGGAUUUGGGUGACGCUGUUUCUGGAGUUCUGGAAGAGGCGGCAGGCUCGUCUUGAAUACGAGUGGGAUCUGGUCGACUUUGAGGAAGAGCAACAGCAACUGCAGCUUCGGCCAGAGUACGAGACCAAGUGCACCAACCGCAAGCUGAACCGCAUCACUCAGGAAAUGGAGUGGGUUCUUGACAGGACUCCUUCAGAUAUAAUGGGGAAGUUGUUGUUCUGCUGGGCCACCGUGUUACUCUGGAUCUCAUUGAUCAUUGCCUGCAUCAUUGGGGUGAUAGCGUACCGCCUGGCGGUAUACGCAGCCUUCGCCAGCAUCAUGAAGGACAACCCCACCUCCCAUCUGCAGGUGGUCGGCCCCUACAUCACGCCACAGCUGGCCACCUCUGUCACUGCCUCCUGCAUCAACUUUGUCAUCAUCAUGAUCCUCAACCUCAUGUAUGAGAAAGUGGCUGUUUGGAUCACUGACAUGGAAAUCCCCAAGACCCACAUGGAGUAUGAGAACAAACUGACGGUGAAGAUGUUCCUCUUCCAGUUUGUCAACUACUACUCCUCCUGCUUCUAUGUGGCUUUCUUUAAGGGCAAGUUUGUCGGCUAUCCUGGAAAAUAUGUUUAUAUGUUUGGCAGCAGUCUGAGGAAUGAAGAGUGUGACCCUGGUGGCUGUUUGAUUGAGUUGACCACCCAGCUGGUGAUUGUGAUGACUGGUAAACAAGUGUGGGGCAACAUCCAGGAGGCUCUGGUCCCGUGGCUGAUGAACUGGUGGGGCAGCAGGAAGGCACGAAACCACCCAGAGAGUCUGUACAGCCGCUGGGAGCAGGACCACGACUUGCAGGGCUUUGGACAGCUGGGCCUCUUCUACGAGUACCUGGAAAUGGUGAUCCAGUUUGGUUUCAUCACUCUGUUCGUCGCCUCCUUCCCCCUGGCACCCCUGCUGGCACUAAUCAACAACAUCAUCGAGGUUAGAGUGGAUGCCUGGAAGCUCACCACACAGUUCAGACGUCCUGUGGCAGCAAAGGCCCACAGCAUCGGGGCCUGGCAUGAGAUCCUCAAUGGGAUAGCCGUACUCUCUGUGGUCACAAAUGCGUUUAUUGUGGCCUUCACCUCUGACAUGAUGCCUCGGCUGGUGUACAUGUAUGCCUACAAGCCAGACGGUGAGAUGACUAUGAAAGGCUACAUAAACAACAGCCUGUCAGUGUUUAAUAUCUCUGAGAUCCCACUAGCCAGCAUGCCUGAUGAGGGGGAGAGUCCAUCCUGGUUCAACAACUCCAUCACUACCUGCAGGUAUCGUGAUUACCGCUACCCUCCUGGCCAUGACAAGAAAUACUCCCACACCAUGCAGUUCUGGCAUAUUCUGGCUGCCAAGCUGGCUUUCAUCAUCAUCAUGGAGCAUGUUGUGUUCUCGGUCAAAUUCUUUGUGGCCUGGAUGAUCCCCGACGUUCCUUCAGACGUGCAGGCCCGAAUUAAGAGAGAGCGCUACCUGGUCCAGGAGUAUCUCCAUAACUACGAAGUGGAGAAGCUGAAAAUGCAACUCAGCCAAAACGGCCACAACGACUGUACCUGCACGGCCAUGAUCUAUCCCUCUAUCAAACACGAGGUGCUGUCAGAGUGUCUCUAGCCCAGCGAGCUGCUGGUCAAUCAGCUGGGCAUGAUGGGAGGACAUGGUGAUAUAGAUUUCCCUGCUUGUGUAUUAUGAUACUGACCACCACUUUGCUUUAGUGCCUGUUGAUUGUGCAGUACACACACACACACACACACACACACACACACACACACACACACACACACACACACACAGAAUUUAAAGAGCUAGAGGUUUCCUCAAUUCACAGCCAUCCUUCUUCCACUAAUCUGCUGAUAGUUGAAAUGCACACAGGUGAAAGACCAAGUUUCUGUGCAUGCUGAAACGUGUAUUUAAACCUCUGUCUAAUAUAUACGGCUCUUAGUUCUCUAUGUUGUAAACAAAGUGCUGAUGAUAAUCAACAUUUGCUGCAAAGAAAGAAAGAAAGAGAAUAUCUUAUACACUGUGUCUAAACCAGACAACUUCCUCUUGUUUGAAUAUAAGACUAUUUAUUUAAGUGCCACUACAAGUAACCAAAGACUGGAUGCCUUAAUAUAUCACACACUUAUCGUUGGUUCUUUCUGCCACUAGAAUAACAGCUGGUAUCAUUCAGAAACUGGGAGCUUGAUUAUUAUGAGUGUUUCCCUUAUAUGCAGCUGUAUGAAGGGCUCCAGUAUCAUACUGUAUGUUAAUAAUCAACUUUUUAUUUUUACAGUUACUGCAACAAAUGUGAGCAUUGUUUAUUUGCAUUGAGGUCACAGCACAGACGCAACACAACAGUACCAAAUAAUUGUUUUCACUCCACUGUCAGUUAAUCGGCUGGUAACAUUUUACUUUUAAUCUAACAACAGCCAAACACUUUCUUCAGGCCAGAAUCGGACACGUGAAGUAGCUUUUUGAAGACAUAUCUGUGCAGCUGUUAUUACUGUGAGUAAGGGCAGAUUUUGUCCUGCAAAGGCCAGUUGUUGAGCAGCAGCAGCUGGUGCAUGUUGACUGUUGACAGUCCUGUUCCUGGAGAUGAGAAGCGAAAAAGCCCAGAGAGAGUGAAGAGAUCCCUUUUUAAUGUGCCUCUGUUUACCAACAUGUCGGCGCUAAUGAAAGCCUGCCCCUACCUACUGAACUAUGUUUGCUCCAUUACACAAAGCACGUCAGCCAUCGCCCAGUUCUCGCGCUCCUGUUUUCCUCAGCUGUGUCUGCGUAGAGAAGGAAAGAUACACAUUCUUAGUUUUUUUUUGUUUUGCACAAAGCACUUAAUGAAACGUGACUACCGAGACGUAAACAUGUCAGUGAUUGUUGUGACACUACGUAUUCAUAAUCAGUGUUUUGAAGCAGCGACGUGUGAUAAACUUUGUUCAUUUAAAUGGAACAAGAGUUGUACUGUAGAUGAGAAGGAGUCUGAAGUUGAAUAUCAAACUUAAAUAACACAAAGAGAAAGAUGUAGCUUUUUGUUUAAAAAUUAUAUGAAGGACAUUAAAUGUUUAUUCGACUGCGUAUAUAGAAAUAUGUGAGACGUAUCUGUUGUUGAAGUAUUUAAAUUGUAUGCAAAAUAGCAGGCUGGCUGUGCUGCAAACUCAGGCAACUAAAUCUGUUUGUUUGAGAUGCAUGUAGAUGUGACCACGUAGCCAAGAGCAAUGUCGGACUGAUCCAGUUUGCCUUUUUCAUGCCCUGCGCUAAGCUAAACUAUUGCCUGUUGAUGCCUUUAACCAUCUAAUACUUUGUGUUUUCUAUUUUUAUUUCCUUGUAUAUCUCUUUUUAUGUUUUCUUCUUGUUAAGCUCUAGUAAUAUUUUGUUUUAUACUGUUAACAUGCUUUGAAAAAAGAGGUCAACCUGUUUACUGUAUGCUUAAAGUUCCAUGUUUUCAUUCGUCAUUUUUGUAAUUGUCCUGUAUCCAAACAAAGACAAAUGUCCAAAAUAAAGUACCAGUUCAACUUGA